AUGGUAUCAGAAUCGGACCACAGCUCGCAGUCGUCAGAGGAAGUCCGACCAAUAUAUUCAGAAGACCGAGGAUUGCUAGAAGAUGAGGAAGGGGAGCAGAAUCUGGCAGAUCUGACCAAGGUGACGUCAACCUCGAUACAGGGACUUGUGGUGGGCAGUGUCCUUGACUCGAUCAGCCAGAAAGGAGGCGAUGAAAGCGACGAGGAGGAGCAAUUGAGGCCUGUUCAUAGUGCAAACUACAGUGCAACUUUAGCAAGAGCCAGAACUCAGGGCUCGGAAACACCGGAAAACCCGGACAACGAGGAGGGUGGGUUCCUGAUCCCGGAGCAGAAGGCCAAGGUGAUCAUCUGGAGUCUCUUCUCGUUGAGUUUCCUUGCGUCGCUCGACGCGACGGUGCUCUCGACGCUCGUUACCGACAUAGCAUCGGAUCUCGGUGCAAUGCAGUACAUCUCGUGGAUCACGACGGCGUAUUUGCUCUCGACGUCGAUCGUCCAGCCGCUCGGCGGGCUCUCGGACAUCUUUGGCCGGGAACCCAUGCUCUACGGAUGUCUCAUCGUGUACACUUUGGGCUGUUUGCAGUGUGCCACCGCCAAAACAACGGCCUCAUUCGUGAUUGGAAGAUUCUUCUCGGGCUUUGCCGGCGGCCUCACCACCUUGGGAACCAUCAUUAUGAGUGACCUCAUCCCGCUACGCCGCCGGGGUGUGUACCAGGGCCUUGGAAACAUGUGUUACGGGCUCGGUUCGACUGUGGGUGGCACGUUUGGUGGCUGGGUCGCACACCACUUCGGCUGGAGAAUGGCUUUUUGGUGCCAGGUGCCCUACGGCAUCCUCUGCAUCUUCAUCAUGGUUUCCACACUUAAGCUCCCGGCCUCCCUCAUGGACCGCAACCCUUACUACCGGCUGCCGCUCUGCAAAAAGCUCCGGGUGGUCGAUGUCCGGGGAAUCGCACUUUUGGCCUCGGCUCUCACCAUCUUCAUUAUCACUACCUCCUUCUCCUUCCAGAGCACUUUUGCGCUUUGCUGCAUGGCUGGCCUCUUCCUGCUCGCAGUCGGCCUCUUUCUACACGCCGAAUCUGUCGCCCAGGCCCCAAUAGUGCCGGUCAAACUCCUGAAAGACCGCUCGGUGCUCGGCUGCUCGCUUUCCAACAUGUUCGGCACCAUGUACACGUUUGUCGUCAUGUACUACUACCCGGUGUACCUCUCGACGGUCUGCGGGCUCAACACCGAGCAGAUCGGCGUCCGGGUCGUGCCUACAGUGCUUGCACUCUCUGUCUCCUCCAUCUUUUCCGGCUACUACAUGAAGUGGACCGGCAAAUACUGGACUUUCUCCUUGGUAGUCAACAUCGUCGGGUCCGCGGGCCUGGCCAUCAUGUUGGCCUGCACCUUCCCCUUCGGCCUCAACAGGCAGAUCUCCGUUGUCGAGCAGUACGUGCUCUGUGUGCCUGCUCUCAUCUCAUACUCUGCAAUGCUCACAGUUACCCUUCUUGCCUUGAUUGCUGCCGUCCCUAUCCGGUACCAGGCCUCUGUCACUUCCAUCCAGUACGCUUUCCGGGGCAUAGGCUCUGUCCUCGGCACUUCUAUGGGCUCGCAACUGUUCACAACUAGCUUGGCUAAGCAAAUGACGAAAAAAGUGCUACAGGCACGUCCCGACUCCAUCUCUGCACCAGAAGCGCGCAAGAUCAUCCGUGCCGGCUUGAAUUCUGCCGCCUACAUCCGGUCUGGGGCCCCGGGGUGGGCUAUCAGGCCUAUGAUCGAGUCUUACGGUAUUGGAUGCUGGUCCUCUUUUACUUUUUCAACUGUUACUUCUGUACUCUGCCUCUUGGCAAUGGCCACUAUCAAGGAAUACAAGCUCUACUCGACUGUCCGGCGAACCAAGUGA